AUCAAACGCAUUCUCAUCUCAUUCUCAUUCUAAUUCAUUGUUUGUAGUGUUUGCUAGUGUGGUGUAAAAUUAUUAUUAUGAAAUAAAAUAAUAGUCUCACGGUGACUGAUUAGUGAGAUCGUAGUUAUAAGUUAGAAAUCACCAAUUAAAAUAUUUUGUCAUUACAUAGUUGUUACUUAAUUGGUAUUAAGCAUGAAAUCUAUUAUAUUUAAUUAAGAUUUCGCCCAAUUAUUAGUAUAAAUAAUGGUGUGCUCAGUGAAAGUCGAACAAUGAUUUGUAAGUUUAAAACUUUUACAAAACAAUAUUGGCUGUGUAGAUGAAAAUUAAAUUAUUUCAACAAAUCUGUUUCUGUGAUAUUUCUUCUAAUAAAUAAGUAAACAUUAAUUUAAUAUUCAAAACAAACAAUGACUGUUACAUACACCGGCGAGGUAGCAACUUGUCGUGGUUUCGGCACAUUCCUAAAAGUUCUAUACAAAUGGCGUGGAAGUAUAUACAAAUUAGUAUGGCUAGACCUUCUAGUGUUCCUGCUUUUAUACUAUGUACUCAAUUUGACUUAUCGGCUGUUACUGGAUGAAAAUGCUAAAAGGAUGUUCGAAGGUGUGGUGAACUAUUGCAGUUUUCACGGGAAUGUGAUCCCUCUGUCGUUCGUACUAGGGUUCUAUGUUACCGUGGUUAUGAAUCGAUGGUGGAGUCAGUACACCACCAUACCUUGGCCCGACUCUAUUGCUGUCUUCGUCUCCGCGACUAUACAUGGACAGGAUGAGCGCGGGCGUCUGAUGCGGCGGACCAUCGUCCGCUACGUGUGUCUCUGCCUUACCAUGGUGCUCACGAUGAUCUCACCGAGAGUCAAGAAACGCUUCCCUACGCUUAACAACUUCGUUGAUGCUGGUCUUCUACUAGAAAACGAAAAAACAAUUCUCGACAAUCUAAAUGACAAGUUCCCUAAGCCCUCUAAACAUUGGUUACCAAUUGUAUGGGCGACCAGCAUAGUGACAAGAGCCCGUAAAGAGGGCCGAAUUAGAGACGAUUUUGCGGUAAAAACGAUUAUAGAUGAACUUAACAAAUUCAGAGGACAAGCAGGACUUCUCCUUAGUUACGAUACUAUAAGUGUACCAUUAGUAUAUACUCAGGUAGUUACCAUAGCAGUAUACUCAUAUUUUAUAACAUCUGCCUUGGGCAGCCAGUGGGUCGACAAUAAAUUACAACGCAACGAUUCCGUCAACAUUAGUAAUAUUGACCUCUACUUUCCUAUAUUUACUACGCUGGAAUUCUUCUUCUAUAUGGGAUGGCUCAAAGUGGCCGAGUCUCUGAUCAACCCUUUUGGUGAGGACGAUGAUGACUUCGAAGUUAACUGGUUGAUAGACAGAGAUUUGCAGGUUUCGUACAUGAUCGUGGAUGAGAUGCACCACGAGCAUCCGGAACUGAUUCGCGAUCAGUACUGGGACGAAGUGUUCCCGUCGGAGCUGCCUUACACGAUAGCGACGGAGAACAACCGAGAGGAGCACCCCGAGCCGUCAACAGCGCGUGUGGCCGUACCAGUGCGACAACGCAGUAUGGUGCUAUCUGCGCCAUCGCAAGUCAAGAUCGACGAGAUGAACCCCUCCAACACCGUGAGUUACAAGUUCGACCCGCCAGAGCAACUGCAAAUGAACGACGAUGCGGUUUCGGGAAUCCAUUUCAUCGUGAACCGCGGCAGUAAGCGCGGGAAAAAGGAAGACAGAAACUCUAUGGGCUCCACCAACUCCAUGGCGUCGCUACAACAAACUCCGAUGGCGCGAACCAAUUCUGUCACAUCGAUGCUGAAGAGACUGUUCUCGAAAGAAGACCAAAGGGGCACGUCAGCAACACAGACCGAUGGUGGUACGUUCAGGCUGUUGAAGCACGAUGGUUCUCGUUUUACGAUAUCUGCCAGUAACCCAACUCUGAACAAGCCCACCACUGCCGGAGGUAGUAUGAAGAUCGCGAAUGAUAUUAUUGAAGAGGUUGAUGAGCAAGCCACCAUCACUAGCAUGGGGAAACGACCUGACACUAGGCCUACAGCGAUGAGUUUGUUCACUCAAGCGCCUCCGACGCCAAGCGACCCAGUCGACGUUCCAGUCAGAAACUCAAACAAAGCCAAUUCUAACUCUCGCUUGUCAUCAUCAGCGCCAAAUCCUUACGCAGUGCGACCUAGUGAGGGAGGAGACCUUAGUCCUGCAGCCCAGUCACUCAAUACGCAGGAUUCUUUCGUUUUGCCCGAAGAGCGUCCAAGACUCGACAGCGAUGUAGGCCCAUCGUUGAGCGCCGCUGGAAGUCAGACUUUGUUGGAUGAAGCAGACGGCGGGGAAGAUCCUGAGCUGGAUGAUUUUGAUCGUUUGCGUAGCAUUCGAGAACAACAUCGACGGGAGAAAUAUCUCCAGAAAUUAAUGGCACGUUCUAUAAGCGCUCAACAGAGAACGGGUAGCACGGAGUUGAUGGAUAAUGAUCUUCUGCUAGAAGAUCUUCUCUCUCAAUCAGCAGCAGCUCAGAAAAAAGAAGAGAAAUCAAAGAAUGAUCCCAAAGACAACGCCACUUGACACAGUAGAAGCUUUAUAUUCCCAUGGGAAGGCGCAGAUUUCUGAACAAUUUAGCGCGGUUCAGUAUUAGCAAAUUGUGAUAAAUUAAUUUUUUAUUGGUGCAUUGGAUUUGAUAUUAAAAGUUGUAAAUAUAAAUCAUUUUCGCCAUA